AUGCUUCAAACCAAACUUUCCAGUCCAGAGUUUAUUAUCAUCUCAAGUUCAAACCCCUCCCCCUCUCUGCCUCUCACCCCCAGACUGGAUGUGCUUCACCCUCUGCUGCUGUGUGCCAUCUGUCAGCUCGUCCUGCCGUCGUCCUCUACCCCUGAACACGAGUCAGAUGAUUCCAAGCUCCUCCAGGUGACCAUCCCCACCUCCCCGCCCGUGUUGGCGGUGCUGGGCGGCUCUCUCACGUUACCCUGCCUGGUGUCUCUGGCUCACCCGCCGCCAUCGCCAUCCACCAACGGCCGCCACCAGGUGCUGUCUCUGCCGCGCAUCAAAUGGAGCGUCCUGACUCACGGGAAAGAGACGGAGAUCCUGGUGGCCCGCGGGGACAGGGUGCGGGUCAACGAGGCCUACAAGGACCGGGCCUCGCUGCUCAACUACGCCUCCUCCCCCGCCGACCUCACCCUGCAUCUGGAGAGCCUGAGGCACAACGACACCGGCUUCUACCGCUGCGAGGUGCAGCAGGGGCUGGAGGACGCCGACGAUGUGGCUCAGAUCAAGGUCAAAGGCGUCGUGUUUCACUAUCGUGACGCCUCCAGUCGGUACGCCUUCACCUUCGAGCGAGCCAGGGAGGCCUGCGGGGAGAUCGGGGCUGAGAUCGCCUCUCCGGAGCAGCUCCUGGCCGCCUACAACAGCGGAUACGAGCAGUGUGACGCCGGCUGGCUCUCAGACCACUCAGUGAGAUAUCCCAUCCAGAUGCCUAGAGAAGGCUGUUUUGGGGACAUGGACGGGAUGCCAGGAGUGAGGAAUUAUGGGCUGUUGGAGCCGGAUGAGCUGUAUGACGUCUACUGCUACGUGGAGCAUAUUCAUGGUGAAGUUUUCCAUGGCUCCGCCCCCCAGCGCUUCACCUUCUGGGAGGGCAAGGAAUACUGCCUGAGUCACGGAGCAGAGCUCGCCACCACAGCUCAGCUCUACGUCGCCUGGAACGACGGCCUGAACCUCUGCAGUCCAGGCUGGCUGGCAGACGGGAGCGUGCGCUACCCCAUCGUCACCCCUAGAGAGCGCUGCGGGGGAGGGGAACCCGGGGUCAGGACCGUGUAUCGCUACAGCAACCAGACGGGGUUCCCGGAGGUGCAGGCUCGACACGAUGUCUACUGCUUCAGAGAUGAUGACGGCGCCUACACAGAGUCCCCUCAGGACUUCCUCGCCACAGAGCCGGAGGACAUCGGCCAGGACAUCGUUUUCUUAACCAACCCAGCGGGCGAGGAGUUCAGCCUGAGCCAGGCGCUGGACAAAGAGGGCGAGGAGGUCCAACACAGCCAGACCGUCAGUCCUGUAAAGCAAGUCCCCGUGCAGGUUCAGCCCGUCACGUUCAGUUAUGACCAGACAACGACGCUUCAUGAGUCUGUGAGUUCAACAACUGAGCAUCAAGAACACCUGGAGGACACCUUAGAGGUCAUAGAGAGGGCAAGGUACCCAGAAUCCUACCAACCAGCUCCUGAAGAAGACCCGGACAUGGAUCAUGGAAAGUCUCACGAACCGUCUCACGAAGAGUCUCAUGAACCGACUCACGAACCGACUCAUGAAGAGACUCACGAAGAGACUCACGAAGAGACUCACAAACCUACUCAUGAACUAUCUCACGAACCGACUCACGAACCGUCUCACGAAGAGUCUCAUGAACCGUCCCACGAACCUACUCACGAACCGACUCAUGAACCGUCCCACGAACCUACUCACGAACCGACUCACAAACUGUCUCACGAACCGUCUCACAAACUGUCUCACGAACCGACUCACAAACUGUCUCACGAACCGACUCAUGAACCGUCUCACGAACCUACUCACGAACCGUCACACGAACCUACUCACGAACCUACUCAUGAACCGACUCACGAACCUACUCACGAACCUACUCACGAACCGACUCACGAACCGUCACACGAACUGUCUCAUGAACCAUCCCACGAACCUACUCACGAACCUACUCACGAACUGACUCACGAACUAUCUCACGAACCGUCUCAUGAACCGACUCAUGAAGACUCUCAUGAACCAUCUCACGAACUGUCUCACAAACUGACUGACGAACCUACUCAAGAACCGACCCAGGAACCAUCUCACGAAGAGUCUCAUGAACCGUCCCACGAACCUACUCAUGAACCGUCACAUGAAGAGUCCCAUGAACCUACUCAUGAACCGUCACAUGAAGAGUCCCAUGAACCUACUCACGAAGAGUCUCAUGAACCGUCUCAUGAACCAUCUCACGAACUGUCUCACGAAGAGUCUCAAGAACCGUCAACAACUUCUCCAAACCAUGAAGAGGAAACAACCGACCACGAAGACUUCACUCCGUCCCUAACUGAUUCAACAACUGCAGAGGACAGAGGGACUACAGGGGUAAGAGAGACCUCAGAGGUCAGAGAGACCUCGGAGGCCGGACAGACCACAGAGGACAAAGGGACCUUAGAGCACACAGAGACCUCAGCGGACAGAGAGACCUCAGAGGACAGUGGGACCUCAGAGACCUCAGAGGACAAAGAGACCUCAGAGGACAAAGAGACCUCAGAGGACACAGAGACCUCAGAGGACACAGAGACCUCAGAGCAUCACGUAUCUGAGACUGAAGGUCUGGAUAACACCACAUCAGACUCUACUGUUGCUCCUCAAGAGGGCGACCUUCCUAUCCUACAAGAGGUCUACACUCCAGAAGUCCACCUGGACCACGACCCUGUGACUGUUCCCUCUCUGGAUGCGUCAGGACGGACAGACGAGACCACAGCUGGUCCUGGUGUGGAGAUAUCAGCUCUGACUUCUUCACCCCACACUGAGGAAGAGGACGAUCACUCCACUACAGAGUCUUUUGAGAACAGCACGCCUGAGAACCCUCCGACAGAAGAGUCUGAAGAGGAGAGGACAAGUCCAGACUCUGUGACUCAAAGUUUGAACACGUUGGCGUCCUCUGAGAUGAUCCCGACGACUGACUCAGGUUUUGAUCCCACACAGGAACACCAGGAUGUGACGACACAAUCCUCAUUUCCUGUCGAUGACUCCAGCGUCCCUCCUGAUAACGACACAGACAUCCUCUCAGCAGACGUCCUCACAGUCACAUACGACUCCGACUCCUUCGAUCCGGUCACUCUGUCGACCUCCUCUGAAUCCGUGACUCUGUCCCCGCCGGCCGUGGAGGUCGAGGCCAGCUCCCCAGAGAUCCUAACCUUCGUAAGCAAUUGUUCAUCCGGGGCUGAACAGCUGGAGGACAUGCAGGACAAACUUGAGCAUGAAGGAUUAGGAGAGAACCCAGAAAUGCUGCUCUGCACGAGCCAGAACACCACGGACGACGACCUGGAGGAGAGAGGACAGGACGCCGACGAGGGAUCAGGUGAGACGUCCGUAGACGGCGAGGAGGUGAAGCCAAAUCCGACUCUGUCCGGAGGAGCUGAAGGUGAGGACGGCGAUGAUUCCUCGCUUGAAUCAGACGUCAAAAUCACGCUCAUCCCGGAUCUGACGCUCACGCCGGGCUGGGAGCCAGAACCUUCCACGUCCACGCCGCAGGAGUCUCGCUCUGAUCGGGAAUACAGCGCCGAGCCGCCCGUCAAUCAGGACUCUGAGGAGCAGGACGUCCACACAGAGGACACGUCCAGGAAACACGGUGAUGCAUCGGAGGAAGACAGCACAGACGAGCCUGCCGUUAAGAUCUGCACGUGGAGGCCGGACGAGGAGGAGACCGUGAGUCCGACGCUCGGCACAGACGGCGAGGACGUCACGGACUCUGAUCCCACCGUGAGCACCGAGGACGUCCACAGGGAGCACGGCGAACAGACGGCCCUGGCUGCUGCUGCUGCUCCGCCCGCCGUUAAAGUGUCUGCUGAGAAACACGGAGGCUCACCAGACUCGUGCCUGGAGAACCCGUGUCUGAAUGGAGGAACCUGCAUAGACGGAGAAUCCCGGAGCUGCGUGUGUCUUUCGGGUUAUGGAGGAGACUUCUGCGAGACAGACGUGGAGGUGUGCGAGCUCGGCUGGGAGAAGUUUCAGAGCUUCUGUUAUCGUCACUUCGCCAUCAGGCAGAGCUGGGAGGCGGCUGAGCAGCACUGCCGCAUGUGUGGAGGACAUCUCCUGUCGGUCAUGACGCCCGAGGAGCAGGACUACAUCAACGACAGGUACAAAGAGUAUCAGUGGAUCGGAUUAAACGACAGAACCAUUGAGGGAGACUUCCGCUGGUCUGACGGGAACCCUCUGCUCUAUGAGAACUGGUACAGAGGUCAGCCUGACAGCUACUUCCUGUCCGGCGAGGACUGCGCAGUGAUGGUGUGGCACGACGGCGGCCGCUGGAGCGACGUGCCGUGCAACUACCACCUCUCCUACACCUGCAAGAAGGGCAUGUCGUCCUGUGGCGAGCCCCCCAGAGUUCCAAACGCUAAGGUGUUUGGGAGGAAGAGGCCGCGGUAUGAGACCAACACGAAGUUGCGGUAUUACUGUGCGGACGGCUUCAUGCAGAAACUGAAGCCUGUGAUCACAUGCCUGCCCGGCGGCCAGUGGGAGGAGCCUCUGAUUACAUGCAUGCCGACUCACUCAGUAGAAGACGACUCGGUCACUCCUCUUCCUCACCAGCAGGAGGCGGCGGUGGAGGCAGGAGAGGUCGUGGAGGCGACGGGAAUGACCACAGAGAAAACAGCUCCUCUCUUCUGGGACAUUAAGUGGAACUUCUAAAGCCAUCCUGCCUUUUUGUAAACUGUUUCCUCCUCCUGUUUCCUGUUUCCUGUUUCCUCCUCAUCACACAUCUGAAGACUCUCCUGCACCGAAUUAACCGUAUCAAUGUAAUCUGUAAAUUCAGAGUUGUCUUGAGGCUGCAGAUCUGUGGUCACGUGAUCAUGCGGACGUUGGUAUGGAAGCCCCAAGUGGCAAGUGAGAACAAAAUCCUGGUGAUCCAAUUUAACAAGUUUUCUGUCCUUUACUACUCACCACAUAAGAACAUCAUUUUCAUUUUUCUCAUUUUUUUAAACAGUUGAAAGAAAA